UUGGCACCGGAGGGGGCUGGUGGAUUGAGUGAGUGAGGGGGGGACGGGACCGACGGUACCCGGACCCCGCCGGGAGCGAUGCCUCCCCCGCGGCCGGGGGGCAGCCUCCGCCGCUGGCCCCCGCGGGUGCGCGGAGCGGUGCCCGGUGCCGAGGAACCGGGCGGAGACGGCGGCGGCGGAGGAGAGGAGGGGGGACGACGGCGAUGUCCUCGCUGGUGAAGGAGGAGCUGGCCAAGAGGCUGUUCGGCCCCCGGCGGCUGAGACUGCAGGAGUUCAUCGAGGUGGAGGAAGGCUCGGGGUCCCAGCGCUGCUACCUGUGCGCCGCAGUGACUAAAAGUGAAGAAGUAGAAAUAUGUAUGGUUAAGCACUUGCGAGUGGAUCGAGAGGAGAAAUAUGAAAUAGUUGAAAAGUGGUUUUUGAAAGAUCUGGAGAUGAUUGAUGGAAAAGAAGCAGAUACGGAUAAUCCAUAUUUUGAUAUGCACUUCCACAAAGUCUACAAUCUGGAAGCAUAUAGUUGUGCAUCUAAAUAUACCUUUGCUCGAACGCUAAACAAACUGAAUGAAAUGUACCUUAAGAAGGACUUGAAGAUUGUGAACUUUGAUGACACCUACCUAAAUGAUAACUCAAUCUGGUCAUCCAACAACAGGGACUGCUUAGUACUGAUGAGGAUAUGCUUCUACGCCUCCAACCUCUUAUGUCUCUCCCUUUGUCCUCUGUCCUAAAGAUGCAUUUUCUAACGUUAAGGUUGACUGGUCCACUGACCAGCAUUUCAUAAACCAUCUGAUCAAAAAGAUAGUAAGUAAUAUGCAGUAUCUGCUUUUUAAUUUUACAUAGAAGUAAAGAAUGGAACAUACUUUUUCCAUACACAAUUGACCAUUCACUUAUAUAUAUUAGGAGAGCCUCACUCUGGCAAAUACUUACAAAUGUGUGAGACUUUCAACAUAGGACCGGUAAUUCUCAUGGUCAGUGGAGACUCCUUGUUCUGGAGGUAUAAAUUAUCUUUCAUUAAUAGCUAGAAAUAUUUUUAAAGCAUUAAGAGCAUUAACAGUUAAUUUAUAUCCUGGAAGUAGAAAAAAGAAAGCAACCAAAUGAGUUCUGUAUGAGAAUGAUGCACAUUUCCAUUUUCAAAUGUGUUGAAAUAUAGAACUCCAUUAAAGACAUCACACCUACAUCAAUGCAAGAAUCAAACCUUGUCCUGGUGAAUCAGAGAUUGGCAUUCAGGUACCACAGGAACAACUUUUCACCUAUGCAGCUACAUUAUUUUUCCCUGAGAACAUUUAGUACUCCCUUUGACCUUCCAAUUAUUUGUGGUACUGUCUUAGAAACAGAAAAUUAAUAUUUUUCAGCAGAAUUGCUUUGUUUGUCAGACUGCUCAAAAUGUUUUGGUUUUUUCAUUUGUUUGGUUGGUUUUAUAUCAUUAAUAUCUUCCUUCUUGCACUUUAUUGCUUACGUACAUGAGCAGGCCCAGUCAGAGAACAGAUUCUUUUUUUUUUUAUUUAUGUCUCUUCUCUACCUCUGGACUAAGAGUUAACAAAAUACUAUGUCAACAGUAGUUGUUGGUGACUACGAUUACUUUUUAGGCAAGUGAUAGACUUCAAAAUUCAUAGAAUUACCAGAGUAAUUUUCACCAGUUUCUAGCUAUGGGUUAGUAUAUUCAGUGCACUACUUAAAUACUUAUUAGCGCUUAGAGUUACUUUGAACCUGGGGUGGAGUCUACUGAGUGGUUUGGAAGAUCUCACCUGUAACAAAAAAUGAAAAAUAAAAACUUGUGAAAGCAUUCUGUUACAGUAGAAAGAGAGGAUGAAUUAAAGUGUUGAGCAAGAGCUGAAGAGGAACAACGUUGACAAGAAGAAACCCAGUGAUACUGCCCAGUGUCGGUCAGCUAAGCUUAACUGGCUGUUCUUCCCAGAGUCAAUAAAGAAAUGCCAACCCAAAAGGUCAUUCAGGGAAGCUCCUGGUCAGAACGUCCUGCAGGAGAAGACCUCCUUUUUCUUUAGGCAGCCAAGGUUGUACAGGGAGAGGAGCUGUGGACCAAACCAGCUGCAUACCUAAAGCUGACUGAUAAAUUUUCCCUUGGAAAUCACAGGCUGGUUCCUGUCCUCUCUCAGAACCUGCCAGCUGUGAAAUGGAAGACACAAGGGCACUGUGACUCGCACUUCACUAUGGUCUUUCUUAUGGACUCUCCCCUUUGAAAACAUUUGUGUAAAUGUGCUUUGGGUUCAAAAUCGAAAUAACAUCAAAUAAGGGAGAAUAUCUUUGAAAAACUGUAUAAAAUGUACAGCUUUCUACUUUACUUUUUAAAUCUUGUCCUGCUGCUUGUAUAUAGGAAAGGCCAUACCUUUGAUUAUCUAAUCUGCAGAAGUUAUCUAUUUAUUCUAGGUAUAUGUUGUAAAUUAUGCUCAUUCUAACCCAAAUCUUAAUAGCUAUGUAAACCUCGACAGUCCUGAAGGCAGUUUAUGUGGGCAACACAAAUCAUCUGGAAUUUGUAAGGACUUAAGUCUUAUACUUGCCAGCUAAAUACCAUUAAAGAGAAGGACUGUAUCUAUAGUAGUCAUUUAUGAAAUGCAGUUGUUCUUUUCAGAAUGUAUUUGGGAUAAUCCAGUGCAAGUAUCUGUGUCGUAGCCUUUGAUCCAUAGCCACAAGAAGUAUUUGCCCAACACGCAGAUUCCAGAAAACCAUCUUCAAUAGCAAGUAUAAUUCAGAUUACUGUUACCUAUGACACAUUGUCCUGUUUUAACUGUGUAUUAAUUGCAGAUGUCACAAUGCUUUCUGUAAUGUUUACAAAUUCUUUGCUUAAUAGACACAAGAAAAUAUUUUCUGGGUGGAAAAGCUCAUAUCAUUCAUCUUGUAAUUGUAAUAAAAAACAUAGACCCUCUAAUAAUAAGAACUUCAGAGCAUUCCUUUGAAAUAAAGUACAGAUAUAGUGAAUUCCUGACCAACAAUUGUAUCAUGUUAGAAACUAAUAAACUAAAAAUGAUUAUAAUGUUUAACCAUAUUUAAUAGGCUUGCAUCAGUAGUUUAUACCUUUCUAUUCUUGUACUGUAUAAACAUUAAACUGACUAUAUUAGAAGACAAA